AUGCCUUCCUCUUCCCAUCCAUACCGCUCAGCGGCGCACCAACUUCAGCAUCCAGAACACGCCUCAUACUCACCCUCACCUCGAUCCACACCACUAUACUCAACAACAGGACGCACAUCACACGCGUAUCGCAGUGCCUCCAACGCUUCCAGUCCCGAAGCUUUCGGCGACCAUAACUCCAAGAGGAGCGGACACGACCAUUACCCCACCUCAUCCUCUGGCCAUUCAGCACCUCGCACAUCCAUCGACCCCCCGGAUACAUCGCCGCAAAGCGGUACCUCAGCAUCCAAACGUCGCAAACAGUCCAACGACUCGCCCGCCAUCCCAGCUUCUUCUCGCUCUCCAGCACUGAACCCGAAGAUUGCAUCGGCCAACACACCCGAGGCAGACACCAGCAACAUAGACUCGAAACCAUCCACUCGAGUUGCAAAAGCUUGCCAACCCUGCAGCGCCAAGAAGCGUAAAUGCGAUGGUCGACAACCCGAAUGCUCCGUCUGUCAAGUAUUGCGUACUCCAUGCACGUACAAUCAUACAGGGUUGAAACGUGGGCCGCCCAAAGGCUUUCGUUCCAGUCCGAAAGAGUCGGCGAAGGCCAAGCUUAUUCGUACGCUGGAGACUACCAUUCGUGACUUGGUGAAUCAUUUGGGAAAGGAGGAUGCUGGUGCACAGAUUCUCCGUGUUUCUGCACACAGAGAGCUGAGUAUUGCUGAUACAAAGACGGAGAAGAAGCCUGAUCCAGGCGAUGGAGCCAAGGGAAGCCGUCGCCCGGCUAUGGCUGAGGAUAGGUCAGCUGCAAGGAUCAAGAUCGAGCAUCUCACCUCUACCUCAUCUACUUCCUUUGGCAAUGCAAGGCAUUCUGAUAGCGAAGCUGAUGAUCCAGCAGCAGAAGCGGAGGAAGAUGUAAUUGGUGAAACUCGUCAAGGUGAACUGGUCUAUCGUGGAUCUAGCUCAGGCAUUGGAAUCUUGCAACGUCAACAUCGCGCCGAGUCACCUUCUGCAGCUAUCGGUAUUGGUGCUACACGAUCAGUCGCUUCGAGCUCCUCAGCGCCCUUCGGUGGACGAUCUGGUGAUGAUCGAGGUCCAGUAGACGUAAAGCCCCCUGUCUUUCUACCUAUCUCGUCGCCACGACCUGUCGGUGAUGCAGAAACAACAAGCUCACAACAAGACCGUUCUCCACGCCCAUCAGGUCUCACACCUCGCAAAGACGCAGCCAAUUUACAAAGCCUCUACCCUGGCUCUAGCCGCGAUGGUCGUCCAUCCACUGGCACCACCACUGAAGAUCCGGUCGUGUCAGACCAAGAAACCGACCGUCUCUUCCGCUACUAUUGGCAAGGAUUUCAUCCGUUCUACCCUAUCCUGUACAAGCCCUGGUUCGUCACCUUCUCGCGGGAAGAACUUCGAUCGAACCUCGAUUCGAGCUUACUCUAUGCUAUCUACGCGAUCGCCGCUUGCGUUGUCCCUGGCAACGCCUCUGCCUUUAACACUGCGAGUGAUAGCGAACCGUCGCUUCACAAACUUAACCUUGACCGAGUGCAGUCUUUCUGUCGGGCAGCUGAACGACAUGUCCUCGCCAAAGGAUUGCGACCGGAUAUAGCUUCGAUUCAAACUUGUUGGCUGCUCAGCCUCUACUCUCAUGGAACAGGGGAUCUUUCAAGAGCAUGGAACUUCUCCAACUUAGCUAGCUCGAUGGCGGUCGAUAUGGGUUUGCAUCGCUGGCCGAUCUAUCGACCUGAGAUCGUACAAGAUCGUGUGCAGAGGGAGACGAGGAUAAGGAUUAUAUGGCAUUGUUAUAUUGUGGAUAAGCUGUUAUGUGCAGAGAUGGGGAGACCGGUGGGGUUGAGGGCCAAGGAUAUUGAUGUGCCACUAUUGUCAGAGGCGGAAGAGGAUGAGUUUGAGUUGUGGUCGGAUCAGACUGAGAUGCAACACGUAGAUCAAGGUGGGGCAAGGCGUGCUACAGCCACCUCUGGUUCGGCUCCUCGACGAUUGCAUGCUCCAUCAUGUUUAAAUUGGGGCGUGCAUCUAUUUAAGAUCGUCGAACGCAUCCUCGAUGAAGUUCACUCCCUUCGACGCAAAGCUUUGCUGAGAAAACAAGGCAAAGAACAAGUCCGAACCGACCUCGACGGACAACUUACAGAAUGGAAACUCAAACUCCCCCCUCACCUCCAUCUCGACGAUGACCGAACACAAGAUGGACCAUUCCCUUCCUUCUUCGCCCUCAACCUAUGGUACUAUACCGCUCGACUCCUCCUCCAUCGUCCUUUCAUUCCUCAAGAAGAAGGUCUAUCCAUGUCAAAAGUUCUCGAAAAUGAUUCUCAUCGACAAUCAACACUCGCAGCCAACACCAUCUGCGAUUUACUCGAAGCGACGUCUAGAGAUAUCGUCGAUAGGUUAUCGACAGAUCUGGGAUACUGUCUGUUUACGGCGGCGGUGAUGUUUGUGUUCAAUGCAAGGCUGCCGGAUGGCAAGAUCGCGGUGGAUGCAAGGAGAAGGUAUGGAUUGUGUAUGCAGUGGUUGAAGAAGUUAGCUGAUACAUGGCCUGCUGCAUCGGCGCACAGGUUGUUGUUGGAUGGAUUUGCGGUUGUUGGUGAGGAUGCGUCGAAGCAGGGUGCGCGGGUGGAGGGAGGGAGGAGAGGGAGUGCGGUGCGGGUUGGGGGUGGGGUGGCCAAGGUUUCGAGUUGGAUUGCGGAGACGGAGGCGUCGAUCGGUGAUGCUGAGGCGAAAAAGUCGGGACGAGGUGAAGGAGGCAAACGCGGUGGUAAUGCUGAGAAGGGAGAGGGUCAGGAUAAUGGUAAUGGUGAUGUUGUCGAGGCAGCUCUACCGAUGCAAGGGUUCGCUGAUGGAGUAAGUCUCGGGUUUGCAGGCAACCAGUCGAAUGUCGGUGGUAUGCCGUCGGUUGACUUCGCACCAGGCAUCUUUGACGUCGAAUCGUUCUUCUGGAACGAGAAUGCGGCCUCUGCUUCCAAUCUGAUGGGUACGAACUUCAACUCUCUUCCGCCUAACACGGUGCUUCCACAGCAACAGCAGCAAGGGUUGCCUCAGCAGAACAUGGCUUAUGGAUUCGAUCUCAAUAACUUUUCUCUCGGCGCUGGCGUUGCAAUGCAACCCAACGCACAGGCAAUGCCGUAUCCAUCAGGGGACGGCUAUACACAGCAACCACGCCUCGCACAACCGCAGCAACAGCAUGCACGGAGUAAUGCGAUGCAGCAGAGCAACGCUGCGCCACCUGUGCCUGUAUCGCAGAACAACACCAAUGCAGCAACUGCAGGAGGAUUCAACACAUCUCCAUUCGCAUUCAACCCAACCACCCAAAACAUUGGCGAGUUUUGGAGCAUGUUAGAGCUUCCACCUGCUUUCUUACAGCAAUGA